AUCCCAUUCACCACAGGAGUCUUUAGAAACCAGCUAAUCAAUAUACAUGUAUCUUGAGUGAAGAAAGCAAGUCCAAAUUCUUGAAUUUACUCGGGGAAUGGAGGCUGCUGCACCUGCAUCUCUCAUGUAUGAAGAAAUUGAACCACUAACUGAAACUGUGGAGGCAAAAGAUUGUGACACCAUUCUUCUCCAUGUACCUGGUUUCAGAAAGGAGGAACUGAAGGUCCAACUGACUUCAGUAAAUACUGUAAGGAUCAGAGGACAGAGAGAGGAUGAAAACAAUAAAACUAUCAGCUUUCGGAAAGAUUUCUCUGUUUCAUCUGAUUAUGAUUCAACAGAGUUAGUGCUAAGUUUGAAGAUGGCAUCUUGUAUGUUAGACUACCAAAAGUCACCGCUCCAGAAGGCAAGCAAGAUAGCAAAUUGCCUAUCCCUGAGCCUCCAACACCUCAGACUCCUGCAGACAAGCCAGAAUCUUGGAUGCCUGCAGAUAAGCCACAGCCAUCCCAGAAGCCUGCAGAUGAGGUUGACAAAGGAACUAAUGAAAAUGCAAAUGGAUAGAAAAUUACAUGAGGACUGCACUUGAUCUGGCAGCAAAACUGAAGAUGUCAAGGAGAGUAAAGAAUGUGGUUUUGGUUGGUUUUUUUGGUGUAGUACUUGGUCUAUACUUCCCUAAUUUCAUCAGGUCUUUCUGGAGGAAAGCUCAAGACUGAGGCUUAUUUAUUGCUGUCUAGUGGUUGCGCUCGUGCACGACAAUUGCAGUUUUAUCUUUUUAGUUUGCUUUUUUGAUUGAUUUUUGAGUGGUUUAAUUUAGUUCUUUCAUUGUACCGAUUGGACAUUAAAGUAGAGCUUACAAUUUGGACAAUAAAGUCUUGAAACAUGUUAGAAGGUAUAGCAAAACUGAAGUAAUUGAAGAAAGAAAGAGAAGGGCAGAAGAAGAGAGGUUAAGACAAGAAUUAGCUCCAUGAUCAGAUGCUCUGCCUCUGCCUGACAUGUUUGAUAGUGGAAGGGCCAAAUGACUUGACUGACUGCAUUCGCCAUACCACUGUCCAGGAAGGCGAAGCUCGAGGCAUCUAGCAACAAAUUGGUGCGAACAUGUGUUUGCAGAAACAUUAUCCAGUCUUGACCAAACCAAGGAACUAGAGCAACUGCAUUUGUAGUGACCAAACCACUACUAGCGCCAUGGUUAUUAAACUCCUGAUCCUGCUGUUACGAUCCUAAUUCAAAAUUUAUGAAUUCGAUCACGACACUAGUAGGAUCAUUAGAGUUUGUAGAUUAUAGUUAGAUCACUAGAAGAUUAAAGAUUUAAAUACAUAGUAUUUGAACCAAGAGAUAUCCUAAUAAUUUGAAAUUAAAAUUUUUUUUUAUCUGAUGAGUUUGUAUCAUCUACACUUGGCUAAAGUUGAAUCAAUUUUGGAGUGACUUGAACUUUUGUAUUA